AUGACAGCGGAACCCCGCCUCUUAUCUGAAUAUAUAGGACACGGGCAGCAUAAGACAAGAUUGGAAAACAGAUUCUCGCGAGCGGAGAAAGAAGUCUGCAGGCGGUGCUAGCGAUACAGAGGCUGUCCGCGCAGACACUGGGGAGAGGCGGUCUGGUUAGGUGAUUAUGAAACUACUACUGUGCAUCGCUCUGCUGCUUCCAGCGGCCCAGCUGUCGGAAUCCGCCUGCUUCUUUGAGAAACAGAGCACAACCGGAACGGGCACGUGUUUUGACACAAACGACGGAACGCAUCAUCAAUUCGGAGAAAGUUGGAUGAACACCAACUGCUGGGAUUGCGUGUGUGCGCAAAAAGGCUAUGAAUGCUGCGAACGGUAUUCCGUACCAUUUGGUGUCCCGGAUGAGUGUAUGAUAAUUUUCCAAAUUCAAACUUGUUCGUUUCAAGUCUUCAUGAAGAAUGACCCGUCUGUCGAAUGUACAGUGAGUGGAGCCAUUGGGAAAUGAGCGGGAAUAAACAGGCAGCUCCUUUCCAUCGUGGAGACAUUCAUCAAUGGGAUACAGGAGCCUUGACUCUUGAAUAUAAUGUACCGACUUCAGCCCACUAUAAACAUAUAACAAACCUAUUCUGCUGUCAUCGUCUGACCCAUCAUUUCAAUAAGAAAUGGGCGUGAGAUACAAGUGUUUUUGACAAAAUGUAAAUUGGCCGAAAUGCAAUUUGUAGAAAAUGUUACUGUGAAAUAUGUCACUGAAUAUGCAAAGUGAUGAACCCUAAGGAUUUGAUGUCUUUUCAAUAAUAUGGGGUACGAGGCCUAGUGGCCCCUCACAAACCAGUGAAGAAAUGGGCUGGAGAAAGGUGUGUGUGGAUAUGGAAGUUGGGCUGAGGAAUGGUUGAUGGGAAUUAAUGGCAUUUAAUAGGGAGUGGUUGAGCAGGCUGGG